GAAACCCCACCCCCGUUUCGACCGCAGCUCGAAAGCGCAGGAGCUCUACUUCCUCGUCGGCGUCCUCCUCCCCUCCAUCUACCCUACUAGCCCGGAGCGGAGAUCCAUCCGGGCGCGCGAGUCCUUCUUCUCUGGUGGAAACCUAGGUAGAUAUACAGCAGGUGACAAGAAAUGGCAGCAUUCCUCAGGUCAAAGUGUUCGUCAGUUGGCCGUACUUUGAUGGGAAGCCUUGGAAACAAUAUGUAUGGGGGUGUUAACAGCUCUAUUGAAGCAGUGACUAGACCAUCUCGUUCUGAUGCUGUCUGCCAGCAAAUCAGAACAUUCAUCCAGAUGAGAACAAACCUCAAGGUGGUAGACAAUUCUGGAGCCAAGCGGGUUAUGUGCAUACAGUCCCUUAGGGGGAAGAAAGGAGCAAGGCUUGGGGACAUGAUCAUCGGUUCUGUCAAGGAAGCGCAACCUCGCGGUAAGGUCAAGAAAGGAGAUGUGGUAUAUGGAGUGGUUGUCCGUGCUGCCAUGAAAAAGGGGCGCAGCGAUGGCAGCGAGGUCCAGUUCGACGACAAUGCGAUUGUCAUCGUGAACAACAAGGGGGAACUGAUUGGCACACGCGUCUUUGGUCCUGUUCCGCAUGAGCUCAGGAAGAAGAAGCAUCUGAAGAUCCUUGCAUUGGCUGAGCACAUAGUUUGAGGAAUCUAUAUGCUUAGUUAUAUCUAUCUCCCUGUUAGUUCUGCAGAAUGAAAUGGAAAUCUCCAAGAUUGUCCAUGGGUUGUUUUGGUAGUCUCUUGCUGUUAGUGUAUUUUACCUUUCUUUGGUUAUUUCUGUUUGCAAUAAUCUGUACUCUAAAAGGAGAAUCUGCACCGAUUGAACUGUAGUGAAUCACCUACAAACUAGACGAGGACUUGUACCGUGUGUCCACAUUAUAAUCACCUGCAAACUAGACGAGGUCUUGCACGUCUUUGUUUGCAAUAAUCUCGACUCUAAAGGGAGAAUGUACACCGAUUGAGCUGUAGUGAAUUGUUUACAAAA